UUCUAUUAGAAUUUGCUGUGGUUACCCAAAGAAACAUAUAUUUACCCUCUAAUUCAGAAUGGAUAGAUAAUACUUCCUCAAGUCGAAAAUAAAUUAUUUUUUACAAGAAUAUGGAGAUAUAUGCUAUGGACGGAUUCGUGUAUAACAAUUGACUUAUUAGGAUGGAGGGGUAUAUGAUAAAUUUUGGUAGUAGGCCGGUAUUGAAGUUCUUUUCCCCAUUGAUUAGUUCAGAAAAAUAAAAAAUAUGUCAACACUGUUAGACCUUUGGUCCAUGGCACUGGCACCUUGCAUGAGUGUGGUUAGCAAACAAUCUUUUAUUUGAACAAAGUACUACUGUUAGCAACAGUAUAGCUGGAUGUCAUUGAGAACAACCGUAGUGUCAUGUUGGUAGUGUACUUUCUACAGUACUAAAAUACAGCCCUCGCCCUGUUAGGAUCAGUUGCUUAAUUUGAGGGAAGGCAGAUCACGAUUGCUUGCGAUCGAAGAUGUGCCAAUAAUCUGUACAAAAGGUGGCGAUCAGGAAGAAAUUAAUUAGACAUAUAAUCCUAUCACAUCAUAUCGUCGGCCGUACAGGUAGGCACAAUCACAAAGUACCCCCAGUGAUGAAGUUAAUUAACCGAUUACACCAUCUAAUUCCCGGUACAGCCGUACACGUACAGCAUACGCCAUGCUGGCUGGUAAUUAGGCGCCCAUAGUUAUGCAUAAUCGUUCAGUUAAACAUCGACCAUGUGUUUUCCAGACACAUAUAUCCAUAUGUGUAGCUGAAACUAAUAAUUUGAUCCAUACUUUGGGAAAUCCAUAUAAGUGGAUCCUAUUGUUAUUAUGUGUAGGUUCACAAACAAAAAGCUGGGCCAAUAUGAUCAGUUGUGUAUGUACAACGACAGCUAUCCAUAUGAGCAAUUGUAACAUGCUUCAUAUGUAAUUAUAGAGUUUUUGACAUGGCUUAAUUAUCGGGAACAGGGGCCAUGUGUAGACAGGGUAUUUUGUACAAGAACCCCUACUAAUGAAGAUCAUAUUUUAGUAGGGUUCUUUCAUAGGGUUUUUGACAUGUAUAAUUUUGGAGGAUCAUUGAAGGACGGAGGUAGAAUAGAUUGAAUUUAGUUUUGCACGUUUAUAUAGCGAGAUGCUAAAAUGGCAAUAUAUAUGCUAGUAGUAUUAACUUAUUUUACCAUUUUACAUGUGACAUAAAGGAGCAAAUAUACCUGUACUAAGGUUGAAUAUAGUAGUUUUUUUUUUCCGGUCACUACUCCUAACCGGGAGAGGUUUACGACAUGUGUGGUCAGGCGAGGAGAGCCCUGCGCGCUCUGCGUGGGCUGGUGCGGCUGCAGGCGCUGGUCCGCGGCCACCAGGUGCGGCGACAGGUCCACCUCACCAUGCGCUGCAUGCAGGCGCUCGUCCGCGCGCAGGCCCGCGUCCGCGCCCGCCGCCUCACCUCCCAUGUCGCCCUCGCCCGCCCAGCCCCGCACGCCGCCGGUCUGCAGUACUCGUGCGGCCACCGCGGCCGCUUCGUGGCGCCGGACCAGCAGAACGACGGCGACGAGGACGACGCCGGCGAGACGGAGACGACGAUGCCGCACAUGGUCGCGCGACCAAGGAGGAACAGCAGCCACAUCGUCGACGAGCGCCCUCCUUUCAACAGCGGUUGGCGGGACGCCGUCCCCUACGGCGAAGGCCGCCGCCGGCACGACCCGGGGCCUCGGCGCGAGAUGGCCCCGAUCCCGACCUCCACGUAUGGUUACCAGCAGCAGCUACAGCGGGAGGAGCAAGACGAGUGCACCGUUGGUUGGCAGUGGCUGGAGCAAUGCAUGGCCGGUGUCCAGCCGCCGCGCCACGUCCCGGAGCACCACGUUGUCGUCGCCGCCGCGGCGGAGACGUCGUACGUGACGGCGGCGGCCACGGACGGGGUGUCGGAGAAGACCGUGGAGAUGGACGCCGGGAGGAAGCUGUGCCCCGCCAAGGACCUCUACCCGGUGCGCCCUCCGGCUGUCCCGGGGUACAUGGCGGCGACGCAGUCCGCGCGCGCCAAGGCCCGCAUGGCGCCCGCGUCCGCCCAUGUCGCCCCGAGGGCGGCGCAGUCGCACGCCCGGAGCCGGUCCAGCUCGGUGGCGCUCGCCGGUGCCUCGACGGCCACCUCAGGCUGGAGCACGAACAACAACUGCAGCGGCGGAGCCGGCGGCCGCGCGCCACUCCAUAGAGCUGGGUAUAGCCCAGAGUCGAGCUGCAGCGGCGACCGGACACCGCCACCGCCACCACAGGGCGGCGGCCGCGGCAGGGCGGCUUAUGCUUGAAACCUUGAUUGGUGGAGUAACAAACAAACGAUACCAAGUGCUUGGUGAGAUCGUCAGAUUGUCACAAAUCUCCCCGUUGUCUGUUUGUCAUUCUGAGUGAUGAGUGGUUGCCGAGUUCUAAUUGUAAGAUUUACAGGUCAUUUCUCUUUCUGUUUUUUUUUUUUUUUGAAAUCUGAUCAUCUCCUGUUGUAUAGUAUAGGAAUCUUGUAGCACAUAUAACCCAAAAUGUUGGAAAUAAUUAGUCAACAGCUAAUUAACUUUGUUCUUGUUAA